CAAAAAAAGCGUACGUACAGGACGUGAGAAGGACUAGUGAACAAAACUUAAGUCGAGCAGCCAGAUUUGACCAUAAGCUGACAGAAAUAUUGUUCAGAUGAUUUAAAACACACAAACAUGUUGAGUUUUUUCGGAUUCAAGAAGGAUGGAGCUAAAAAAUCUUCAUCCGAGAGAGAAACUGAUGGAUUCGUCAUUAUUGGUGAAACUGUGGAGGAGCACCAACAGAAAAUGCAGUCCUUGAACAUUGUGCAGCCGGCAACAAAUGUAAUUGUACAGCCAUCUAAGUCAUCCAGCGCUGGGAACAGAGGAAUCGCAGAGAAGGCUCAGCCUUCCUCCCAGCCCACAUUGGCUAAGAUGUCCACAGAAACACAUGACACAGACGUUACCCCCGCCCUUCCUGAACUUCUAGGAGAUAUACCCUUCACCUUAGCACCACACAUCCUCGCCAUGCAGGCAGGACUACCUCUUGUUCCUGAUAUCGCCUUGCCUCAAAACAUCAAUGACAAGCUAGACAACUUUUGUUAUGACUUCACCUUGGAGAACUCUGUGCUUUGUGAGCCGUGACACUCUAUCUCGUGAGGAACUAUGGCCCUAUGGUUGACAUGAUACUCCUUAACCGUUUGCCUUUUCUUCACUAAAUGACCUAGUUUCUGUCAGCUGGCCUAGUCACUGACCAUAAGGUGGUGGGUUCACUCUGACAUAUCGUCCAGUCGGUUUCAACAAGUUAGUGAAGUUAGCGUCAAGAUAGUUUACAGUCCCUCAGGAUGUUACAACACUUGCUUGUGUUGGCGGUUAGUAGAAAGUUAAUUUUUAUUUUGGGGUGAAUUAUCCCUUCAACACAGUAGAUGAGUAUUUAUAAGAUGAAUUACGGCUUUACAUUUUUUAAAUGUAGCUAAAAUUUUACGGGUGUCAAAACUGUGCAUUUCUGCAUUUUGACAUUGUUGGGUCCUUUAGCAUAAGAAGAUAUGCUGAAAUGAUAUAUGUUUUGAUGAUUGUUUUGAAACUAUAGUGUUCUUUAUUAGUUUAAUUCAGCUGUUUGAUGUUCCAAACAUCACAGUCGGCAUUGGCCUUUCCUCAAUUUUUACAGUGCUAAGCGCCAAGACCCACUGUAAUUUAUAGACUUUACUUGCCAAGCAGUCACUAAAAGCAGUCAUAAUGCAUAGUAAAAUUAUUUUACAGUAAUAUAGAUGUAACAGAUUUAUCAAUCAACAAUGUAGUUCCAAAAAGUUUUUAAUUCAAUCUCAAUUUGCAAUCAUAAUGGCUAGUCCACUGUUUGAUGUAAUUCUGACAAUACCAAUAAUAAACCUUAGUAAGUCACUUGCAAUAUGUAAAGAUCGCACUUGCAUUGGUGUUUAAGGGAGACUCGUAGUGCUCAUUACGAAGAGGCCAACAUUAUAUCUCUCCUUUGUAAAUGCGUGGAUUUUUUAUUUUUGGGGGAUUUUUUUUUUUGGCAUGCAUGUCAUAUACCUCGGUUGACGUUUGGUUUAAUGCAUAACAUUUUGAGGUUCUGCCAUAAACUUCACACCCCAUUUUGGGAGGCAGACAUGUAUUUUAGCAUUUACUGUUCUGUUGGAACAGGCCACGAUUGUUGAGCUGUUUUUUUUUUUCAUUUGAAUCUCAGUUAGUGAAUGGGUUUUAUCAUAGUGCUUGCUGCUAUUUAUACAGUGCAUUCAAGAGUUUAGCAUUUUCCCUUCACAUCCUCUGUACCUUAUUCUUGUUGUUGGAAGUUGGUAGUAGUUUAGUUUAAUUGAUAAACCACAUCAAUUCUUAGAUUUGAUUAAUUAUCUUUGUUUUGAUUUGUCUUUCAGCCUGACACAUUAUCUCAACUGAGGUCAACAUCAUCCUUGUAAUUUAUGUCUGUUCUAACCUUUUUAAAACACUAACCAACUGUACAGAUCAAAUAAAAUGGGGCUGUGUUUGCA